UAGCAGCCCGCCAGCCCCUUCCCACCCCAGUGCCCUCCUUACUCCUUACUUUUCUCUCUCUCUCUCUCUCUCUCUCUCUCUCUAUAUAUAUAAAUAUUCACUUCGUUCUUCGCCCUGCUGCAAACAUUGUAAUAAAGCGAGUAUGAGAAUGAGAUGGAGAGAGAAAGAGCGCGAAUCUGUGCUUGUUGCGUAGAAAAUCUUUAAAGCGCAAUCCGGCUUACGUUAGCACCACGGCUCCCCACGCUGCUGCACAAGAUUUUGUUCCAUAUCCAUUAUCCCCGAAGUUUCAGCCAGACCCAGCCCAGCCCAGUAGAUCCAUCCCCUCACUCACUCAUUCCUUCGCUUCGCCGGGUUGCACUCGUAGUUUUUGCUAUCCUAUAUUCCUAUCCUCCAGUCCUCCUCCACCACGCCACCACGGGACGGGCCACGGCUAGUCGGCUACCCCCCGCUUCUCUUCUAUAAAUUAAAAGCCCAACACACUGACAGCACAGAUAUGCCAACCACCAAGCCUCUCAUUCUAUCAUUCGUCAUCUAUCAUUUACUCUCCACCGUCGGAUUAACGGUGGACCCCAACGGCCUCCUCGGCCUGGGUUUCGACGGCCAGCUUAGCGUCGACGCCGCCGACGUGGAAACCGUCUCCCUUGAUUUCGGUAGAAUGACCCAAGUUAAGCCGUUAGCCGUAUUACACCCGGCCUCGGCUGACGACAUCGCCGGGUUGGUUCGCACCGCUUACCAGUCGGCUCAGGGCUUCACUGUCUCGGCCAGAGGACACGGGCAUUCCAUCAACGGCCAGGCCCAUGCAACCGAUGGGGUUGUGAUUGCCAUGAGCAGCUCCACCUCCAAGCGAAACCGGAUCAGUCUGCAGGGAAACCCAGCAGCUCGCCCUACUCUCCUUUUGGGAGACAAGCCCAGCUGCAGCUACAUGGACGUCUGGGGUGGAGAGCUAUGGAUAGAUGUAUUGAACUCAACUCUCGAAUACGGACUUGCACCACGGUCCUGGACCGAUUACUUGUAUCUGUCCGUGGGCGGAACCCUUUCUAAUGCUGGCAUUAGCGGUCAAGCAUUCAACCACGGCCCUCAGAUUACCAAUGUCUAUGAACUCGACGUUGUUACAGGGAAGGGAGAGGUGGUAACAUGUUCAAAUGAACAUAAUUCAGAACUAUUCCAUGCGGUUCUUGGUGGCUUAGGACAGUUUGGCAUCAUAACUAGGGCCAGAAUUGCUCUAGAACCGGCUCCACAAAGGGUAAGGUGGAUUCGGGUGCUGUACUCCAAUUUCUCAGCUUUCACAAAGGACCAGGAGUACCUCAUCUCUCUGCAUGGUAACCCUUCAACUGAUAGGUUCGACUAUGUCGAAGGUUUUGUUAUUGUAGAUGAAGGGCUCAUCAAUAACUGGAGAUCCUCCUUCUUCUCCCCUCGUAACCCCGUCAAGAUCAGCUCUCUUGGUGCCGCUAAUGGUGGUGUCUUGUACUGCUUGGAGGUCACAAAGAAUUACGAUGAAUCUACUGCCGAUACCGUCGAUCAGGAAGUCGGGGCUCUGCUAAAGAAGUUGGAUUUUAUACCGACAACGAUCUUCACUACAGAUAUUCCUUAUCUGGAUUUCUUGGACCGGGUUCACAAGGCCGAGUUAAAGCUCCGGUCCAAGGGUCUGUGGGAUGUUCCCCAUCCAUGGCUAAAUCUAUUUGUUCCCAAGUCCAGAAUUGCCGAUUUUGACCGUGGUGUCUUCAAGGGUAUUUUGGGAAACAAAACAAGUGGGCCCAUUCUCAUCUACCCCAUGAACAAAAACAAAUGGGACCAUCGGAGCUCGGUGGUAACUCCAGACGAGGACAUAUUUUACCUUGUAGGACUGCUUCGAUCGGCACUGGAUUCCGGGGAAGAAACACAAACGAUGGAGUACUUGAACAACCAGAACCGUCAGAUUCUCAGAUUCUGCAACGAGGCGGGGAUCAAAGUGAAGCAUUACCUGCCCAAUCACAGCACACAAGAGGAAUGGAAGGCCCACUUCGGAGAGAAGUGGGAUUUAUUUGUCAAGCGGAAGAUGGAGUUCGACCCCAAGCGCAUUCUAGCAACGGGCCAACGUAUAUUUCAACCUGCCUUCACCUCUUCCACGUCAUCCUCAUCUUGGUGAAUGGGUGACCACGUCACAGCGCCAGCUAACAACAAACAAAAUAUUUGUACAGGGCUGAAAAGAGAAUAGUAGUUUUUCUUUUUCUUUUUUUUAAUUUAGUUUUGGUUUUGGAUGCUGUGAUUAUGGGUUGGGAUUGUGUUAUGGUGUGAUAGUUGAGCAGUUAUUGUCGAGGACUCCAAGGGCAUUAAAUAUCUAACGGCUGAGUGACGAGAGAUUCGUGGGGCCCAUAUCUUGUCCUUCAUAUGUCAUGUGCUGCAGCAGUGCAGCAGCCGUGAUCCCGGACAACCCGACCGUUGCCUCCGAAUCUUGUCUUUUCACAGCUGAGCUGCUCCCACUUCAGUCAUCCCAUCAUCCGGAUACCCGAUUUUACUACUGUCUUACGUUACGUUACGUAUUUCUUUCUUUCACGUUCUGCAUGUAAUUGGCUCUGCCAACUUUACCGCUGUAAUUACGUUUUUUGAUUUGUU